UACGUUACCCUUUCAACCAUGCGCACGGGAUAUUCGUGUGUUGAAUCAACGUCGACAUAGUUGCGGUUCAGCGCCCAGCGUGUCAAUGUUCAGUGCAACGGUGCCACUCGCAGAUAACACUUGGUGGACUGACCCACCAUUGGCACAUAAAUAUGUAUGCGUAUGGAAACAGCUCGGCAGACCGUGCCCCAAGCCCUACCCAUGCCAGCGCGUAGGAAUGCGAUGUAUAGUGCCCAUUGAGAUCGUAGAAGAAAUCAUUGACCACAACCGCUACGAUCCCCCUACCCUCUUGGCUUGCGCCCUUGUCUGCCGUGAUUGGGCACCCCGAAGUCAAUGCCAUCUUCAGCGGAAGCCGACCUUGACCAUCCGCAGUGCCGCACAAUUGAACCUCAUUGGAAGCCUCUUGGUCUCCAAGCGCUCGAGGGGCCUCUACGCGAAAGUACGGCUGCUCCGCAUCAUAGACGAUCCGUCUACCCCUUUCUUCCACUCGCUGCCGCUGUGCCUGCCUGGCCAGCACCUGCCCGAGGUGGCGGCGGUGCUCCUCGAGGGCGUGGACUGGACGACAUUCCGCCCGCACGUCAGCUUCUUUACCUGGCUCUCACGGUUUUCCUCUGUAACAUCGCUCUGCAUCCACGGCUGCGCCUUGCGCCCCGUUGCGCACACCCUCCGCAUGGCGCGAGGCCUUCCAAAGCUGAAGCAAACACUUGUCCCCCUCUCCGACCGCAUGCGGGACUACGCGCCUGUCGACACUGUCGUUGCCCUCGACAAUGUGCUCAUCGGAACCGACGCCGACGCCGAGUUGCGCGAGCUGCACAUGAGGGCCCAUCCAGAUCUAGAGCACCAGCACCGGAGUCUGGAAGCAGGUAUGUCGGACGAAGGUCACUGUCUCCGAUCGAUGAACGAAGCCGUCUUCGUUGCACAGCGUUGCAGAAGAUACCGCAUAUCCAGCGCGCGAACACGCUUCCGUCCCCUCCUGCCGCCCCGAGCGACACGCUCAGGCGCGCAUACAGCGAUCUCGUUCCACAGACGGGGCGCACGGAACGGUCGGCCGAGCGUACGAUUCUAUACAAGCAGCUGAGCGAAGAGCCCGAGGAUAUGUCGCAUCAGCGAUCGGAAGCGAGCCCGCCGCCGGAAAGCACAGAACAGCUGCGGCAGACGUCAAGGAGUCAAGCGCACAA